UCAUAUGCUCUCUUCCCUCUGUCUAGCUUUAGCUUUUCCAUCACAUAAAAAAAGUUUUCCCUUAAUUCAUGUUUGAUCCUUAAACAGAGGGAAUUGUUCCUUAUUCUCCUAGCCCUUUCAAUACUCAAACUUCUCAAUAACAUCUACUGUUUUAUUUUCAAGAAUUGUACUGUCUUGUCUUCAUCAUUUUCUUUUUCUUUUUUCAUUUUGUUCUUGCCUAUUCUUCUAUUAACAAACAAGUUUUAUUUUCUCUGUCAUUUACCUACAACUUAAUAUCAUUCAACUAUGGUUACCAUAUCAUCCUCCACGAACAGCACCUUCCAUGAGUUGCGAACUUUCAACUCAGAGAGCAAAACUCACCUCAGUGAUGCCAUUUUCUCACUAUACUUAAAUGACAAAGAAGGGACUGAACCAAGCCAAAAACUUGGUCGUUUUAACAGCAACAAAAAGUCUCCACUUAACCAUCCAGAAAAGAAGGAAGAAAAUGGAGAAAUUGGAGUGUUUGGGGCUGAAAAGUACUUCAAUGGAGGAGAAGUUAACACCCCAAGAGCUGCCAACAUAGUUGCUACAAGGUACCUUCACCAGAGAGAUGAAAACAUGGUUGUAGCAACUAGAAAGCACACAAUUCAGUAUGGAACUCCAAGCAUUCUAUCUGAAUCAACAACUUGCAACAGCCAAAGUGUGUUGUUGCAUGGUGGAAUGAGGAAUUCUUUAAAGAGCAGAAAAGAGAAGGGACAGGCCAAGAGUGUUCUAGCUGGUCUUGGUUUCAAGUGCUCUUGUUCUGAUAAAGAUUCUGUUGAUGCAGGUGAAAUCAGUUUUAACAAAACUGCUUCUUAUGGUGCAGUUCAUGGCAAAACAACACCAAGAAAGCUCAUUGAUAUUGCUGCUCUAGAUGCUUCUCAUUCAAUUAAAGUAAGUAAGCCUAAUGCAGAACUUUUGAAAAUCAGUAGAGAUGUUUACUUCCAGAAGCAAGAGAACACAGAAAAAAACAGUAUAGCAUUCUCAACCAUGAGUCCUGGCUUAGGAAACCAAAACCAUGUCAAAAUGCAACAACUUACACCAGAGGAAGAAGAGCAACCAAGGAAAUCACUAGAGGUGUUUGGCUCCCCAAUAUUGAGAAACAAGAGAAAUUCUUUGAGCUUUGAUAAAAGGUUGAUAAUGCCCGUAAGAGAUGCUGCACCUAAAGUGGAAGAGAUUGAAGCAUGCUACAAUGAUGCUGCCAGUGAUGCAAGUUCAGACUUGUUUGAGAUUGAAAGCAUCAAAGGAAAAACCAACCCUUUCCUUGCAAGGCAAGCAUCAGAUGUAGCUUCAAGCUGUGUCAGCCCCACAAAUUAUGCACCAAGUGAAGCAAGCAUAGAGUGGAGUGUGGCCACAGCCAGUGCUGCAGUCAUGUCAGAUUGUGAAGAUCAAAUGUCUGAGGAAACCAUAAGGAGUCCAAUAAAAACAUCAUUCACUCCCUCAAAUGUAAAAGCAAAAGCCAAUAAAGAGGUUCAGAGAAGGCGCCCUAGCGUGUUGUUGGGUUGCAAGAGCCACAAAGCUGUUAGAGUUGCUGGUGAUGCCUUCAUAACCUAUGAGAAAACAAGUUCAACCCCACAAUUUCGUAAUAAGACUAAUUCCUCUCAGUUGGCAAGGUUUCCUUCAGAGACAAAACUUGGAAAUUUUGGUGCAAGGCAUGGACAACAUCAUGCUUAUGCCACACCAACACUGCAGCACUCUCACUCACCACAUGCUUCAAAACUACUAUACAUUUAGGAAUAUGAAAUUUUUUUUGUUUCUUUCUUUUGGUUUGGGAAUUUUGUUCAGUUAUGUAUAAGGAUAACGGGAGUGUCAAAGGGAAAGGGAGCAUCGGCUUCAAAAUCCCAUCUCAAAAGUAAGGUUAAGGUGUCUCUUGUGUACUACUUACUACCUAUCGCUCAUAGUAAUCUUCUUGUACUUUUCUGUUGGCUUUGAUAUCAUAUAUAUUUCCAUUCGGUAUUUGCAGUUUCUGGUUUAUCAUAAUGGGAAGAAAAUGGAUGCUUUGUAGUGAUGCAUUUGAUUUCAUAUAAAGAAAGGGAUGUGAAAAGUGACCUCGUACCGUGAACACGUACAUGAGAAAAAUGCCACUCCCUGGGACACAAGCCUA